GAGGGACGCUCGUAAGAAAACCUGACACGCUAGCUUCAGCAGAGUAGCUGCCAGGCAAUUACAGCAGCGACGUAUCGAGGGAGGGUGGCUACCGAAACUAAUCAGAAGGGCCGUCCAGCACCUGAACCAUCAAUCGGGUUUAUGAGUAAAGGCGAUCAAUCAUCCUGCGGUUAACCUUCGGAAGAAACGCGGAAGUGUAAUUCAACGUCAACGGGCUUUUUUUGUGACUUAUUAUCGGUGACAACAUGGCUGAAUGUAACAUUAGCAUCGACAAGAAUAAACUACCUGGAGUGAAAGAGGUGUGCCGAGACUUUGCCGUGCUGGAGGACCACUGCCUGGCCUACAACCUCCAGGAACAAGAAAUUGAGAGCCACUUGGCGUCCAACGUCAAUAAGAGCCGUCUUGUGCAGAAGGACCUGCAGGUGGCCAAGAAGCUGCAGGAGGAGGAGGAUCAGCGGGCCAUGGUCCAGAGCCAGAAACAGCACGUUGACAUUGAGCGCAAGGAUAUUGAGAUAGCCCACGAGAUUCAGGAAGAACUGGUCCGACAGGCAGAACAACAGCGUCAGCAGGAGGAGAAGGAUGCGGCCAUUGCUCGUAAGCUGCAGGAGAAGGAGAUGAAAGAGGAAAGGAGGAGACAGAAGCAGCUGGAAGCAAACUUUGAGGAGGAGUACUUUGAGGAUCACGGAGCUUCAAGAAAACCCCUUGACUUGGAUAAAGACACCCGUUACAAAUCCUCUUCCCUAGGCCGAUAUGAUGCUUAUGCUCCAGUAAGGGAUUUCUCCCCAGAUUAUAGCUCAACAGAACCCAAAAGGAGCAGAUACCCAAGGCAGGACCCAGCAGCACCCCAUAGCCGCUCCAGAUUCCCUGAGCACUACCUAGUGGCAGAAGGAGGGCGAAGCAGGCAUGCAGAUCCAAACCCAGAGCACCUGCUGUCCCCCAGAGGCAAGCAUGGGGACAGGUAUCCAGACUAUGAGCCCACAGAGACUGGCAGAGCCAGGGGCCCAGGGCGGGAGGACACAGAGACAGGGGUGAGGAGAAAAGAGAGACCAACCAGACCAACUCUACCACAGAUCCUCAUAGAUAGAGACAAGGUCUGGGACAAAGAAAGGGACAGGCAACGUGACCGAGACAGGGACAGAGACCUGGAAAGAGAGAGACCCAUGGGAAAAGACCAGAGGAGAGAGCAGGACCUCAGGUUGGAAAGAACCAGAGAUAGAGGACAGAGUGGGGAUAGACACAAAGAGAGAGAUAGGCAGAGACAGAAAGACAGACAGCGAGCGAGAGCGAGCAGCGCGGAGAGAGCGCUUGAAGAGGAGCCGGGGCACAGCUGGGACAGGCAAAGGGAAGGCAGGGCUUCUUGGGAGGACGAAGGGGAUGAUGGUGAAACAGAGAGGAAGGCCAGGGGCCGGCAGCGUGUCCACUCCAACCCCGAAGAGGUGUUUGAUGACCUCAGGAGCGAAGGGAGAGGGGACUUCCGGGACCUCCGAAAAGCGGAGGGUCCUGGCAGGGAAAGCAUUCACACUCACCCCAACGGAGAGACAGGUCGUAUUGUGCACCGAGGGAGUGGAGCAGUCGUAGCAGAAAAUAGUGUAGAGUUUGGACUGAGCGCGGCCACCAAAGGACUGACAAAGCUUGAUCUCCGCGAGCAGGAGCUGAAGGACAUGGAGGUGGCAAGGAAACUCCAAGAGGAGGAAAUCAAAGUGAGGAAGGACCCCAGAGAAGCAAGCAAGAUGCAUGUGCGUGCAGCCCAAGUGGCGCAGGACGAGGAAAUCGCUCGACUGAUAAUGGAACAAGAGAAAAAGGAGUACAGGAAGAAGCGAGAGCGCGAGAAUGAGAGAGAGCGGGAGAAAGAGAAGGAACGAGAGAGGGAGCGGAUGGCAAUAGAAAGGAGGCGGCUAGAGGGAGACCACAGGCCAAAUUCGGAGGAAGUUGUCCGGCCCAGAACACGAGAUGAGUAUGAACACCAGAGGCAGAGGAACAACAACAAGCCUGCCAGGCCCCCUCAGCCUCGUGUACAUGACUAUGAGAAUGUGAGCUCUGGCUAUGGCUACUUUGACAACCCCGCUCCCCCUCGUCCUUCCACCAGACCUGAAGCUGCUUACAAAGGUGCCUAUAACAAGCGGUGACUCAGGCUCUCUACCAUGUCCAGACAUGCUGUCAGUCCUCCUUCGUCCUCUUCUUUUAUUUAUCUUUUUGUUUUCAACCAUUCGCACUCUGUUGACCAAAAGCCUUGGGACAAUAUGAUGAGUUGGCAGUGGGAUUUUAUUUUAUUUUUUAAUUACCCUCCAAAGUUGGCCCAGAGUUAGGAAAAUGGGUCUGUAAGUGCUGGAACUACACUCAUGUUUUCCUUUUUUUAUUUGUACAUUGUGAUUAAUAUUAUUUCUUUUAACUGACUCAAAAUCAAGACAAGCCAAAAUAUCAGCCUUGUGACAAACUCCCCGUCUCCUCACCUGCUGUGGUCAUCAUGUGCUGAUGUUCGUCCCAUCUGUGGACCAUGCCAUCACAAGGGCUCAAGGCCUCUGCUGGAUAUAACCGCGCACAUUUCCUCAUGACUCUUGCCUGUCGGGUCCAACAUGACUGCUACAGUGUCUUAGAUACCAACAUGGCAGCUGCUUUGUACACCAAUGCUGCAGUUCUGUUCUCUUUCCAUGCUGUGCAACGAGGCUUCACAGGCCCUGUCCAUGUGCCACACAGCGAACGACUCUGGAGGGACGCGUUCCUGUUGCUGUAUUCAAACAAAAAAUAAGCCUUUAUCAAGAUGCUGGUAGUUUUGGCUUUUGAUAUGUUUACCACCUUGUUCCAGUGCAGAGGAUGGUGAUGAUUCAUGGACAUUUAGUUGGCUGUAGGCUGUGUGUUUUGUGUUUUGUUUUUUUCUGCUUGUGAGGGACACUUUUUAACCCCGUCCUCCUUAAACUGAAAGUGGAUGGAUGGUUCUCUGUAAGACUCACUGUUUCUAUGUGCAUGCUUACUGAAAGUGAACAACUAUGUACAUGCAUUUCAGCUCUGUAUCCAAUAUUCUGGCUCCUUUAUUGUCAGAAAGGGCUAAAGCCACAAAAAGCCAAUAAUGUUCCAAUAGUGUUCGCUCAUAUACCGCAGUACAAUAUCCCUUUUCUGCCACCAUUUCAUAUCUGCAGGUCAUUUACAAACUAAAACUGGCCCAUAUAAGAACCAGUACCAAAAUGGAAUGCAUGUACAUUGCUUAUCUAUGUGUCAAACCUGAAGUCAAGCUUCAUGCUUACGGCACAGAUGCUGUGCGAUUGAAUAUUUGUUCUUCUUUAAUUUAAAUGUACUUGUGCAACCAAAUCAUUGUGGAAAAUACAAGAUUCUUCGGUCCUGUUAUCCCUUGUCCCACUAGUUAGAAAGGGAGCCUUAUAUUUUAUUUUUAUACAAUAUUUUGUUGGUCUUUCCUUAGAUUGUUCCCUCGAUUUCCAGUCUCCCAAGCUUUCCUGUCGUCACUUCCUGUCUGCAGGAAAAAGCAAACAUUCCCCCAACAGAAGUGCAUCUGGAUAGAGGCAAAUCAGUAACAGGAUCAGCUGGAGAAAUUGACAUAAAAUAUAUUAUCACUGCACAAAGAGACAUUCAUUUUCUGUUCAUAUUGAAUAAGGAUGACAAGGAAAGUGAAAAAGCACAUUCAAGGUUUUGAGUUUACUGAAAUGUUUGAUGGCCAUGAAGUGAUUCAAUCUUUGAACGUUUAGCGCUGCUUUCAGGUUCUCGUGUUGUAAUAAAUGUUUGAUGCUGAAAUUAUAAAUAGGCUUCCAAAAUGAUUCCCUCCUUGUUCAGAGGAAGUGCAAGGUCUUUCUAUUGCUGAGCACACAUAUGCAGGUGUUAUUCAAUUAUGUGCUAAUUGCUGUUGACCGAAUGAAAUUUGUGCUAUGUUUGUAAUUUUUUUUUUCCCAGGGACUUGGAAUGGAAAAAGGUUAAAGUUGUUGUGGUUGUAGCAGAGCUACCACACCCACCAACCAAGGUGGUAUUAUUUUGUGAGAGCACCCCCUUCUGGACAUGUUGACAAUUGAAAAAAGAAAUGUAUAAAAUGAAUCCGAUCAGGAUGCCUCUUUGUAUUUGUGGAUGUUGCCAUCAGACAUUACUUUGGAAUCAAGUGCUGUCUACAUCAAAACAUGAAGUGUUACAUUUGUUUUCAUUUUGUUUUAUCCAGGGCUUGUAUGCAAUCUUACCAAUCAUGAAGCAACAUGUGUUGGCACUUGUAACAGAACCUUUUUUUAAGUAAAAUUAAAUAACAUGUUGCUUGUACCUAUAGAAUCUCAAAAUGUAAUAAACUAUCAGCAUUUCCACUCUUAA